AGGCAACAAAGGAAGAAAGGAAGAGGCCGUGAGCUACAAAGAGUUAGCUGACCUAGGUUGAAAGAUGUACCCUAAAUUAUGUCGUUUUUAGCCGCUAAUAGUUCCCGUGUGUGAAGACAAUUACAAAGUCCGUCCAUGUUUGUGUUUUUGUGCUUUGUUUUGCCACAGAAGUGAACUAAAGGGACGGUGGCGGUGAUGUUUUCGACAUAAAACGCUAACAAAGCUAACUGACUUAGGUAGUAAGGUAGCAGUAGCUACGCUAACGUUAGCCAACAAUCGCCAAGGACCAUAUCUUUUCCCAGAGUGUUUUCACUGACAGAUAACUAAACAUUAACACGCUGCUUACGACAAAAAAAAGCUGGAAGCGACAAGGGAGUUUUGGAUCCACUGUAUGGAUGACUUGUUUCAUGUGGCCUGAUGGAAGGACAUUGUGGAUAGUGCUUUCAUCAGGAUAUCAGGAGAGCCGUCCCAUGCCCCCACAUUGGAGGGCCUGUCAGAAUGAAGAAGAUAAGCCUUAAGACGAUCCGCAAGUCCCUCAACAUAAAGGCCAAAGAGGAGGGUGACUUUGUCAUGCUCCAGCAGCCUUCAGUGACAACAGAGUUUUCAAAAGAGGAAUCGCUUUUUGGAGGCUGCUACACCAAAGACCUUUCAGGGUGUGAUCUUGGUUGUGAGGACGAGAAAGGAGGCCAAAAUAAAAGUCGAUCUAAAAGUGAGGGCCUAAUGGGUUCGUUAAAGAGGAGGCUGUCUGCCAAACAAAAGGCAAAAGCAAAAGCUGUCUCUUCAGCUUUGUGUUCGGCAGAUGACGAUGACAACUUUUCAUCAUCUUCUGUGCCCAUCAGCAAUGAAGUAAAAGCCCAGAGACCCCUCAGAUCUGCAUCCUUGCGGAGUCACCAUUACAGCCCCUCGCCGUGGCCUCUGCGACCGGUCAACUCUGACGAGGCAUGUAUCAAGAUGGAGGUAAAGGUUAAAGCCAUGGUCCACUCUCCUUGCCCGAGUCCCACCUUAAAUGGUGUUCAUAAAGAAUUUCAUAACUUCCAGAUGGAAGGGCUCUUUCAGGACCAAGCAGAGUCCAUAAAGUACCUCCAACAACCACAAAAUGGUGAGCUGCAUCUAAACAUCGAUGAAAAUGAUGUGCCUGUGGUGCUGGGGUUGACGCCCCAGGACUAUAUCCAGUACACAAUGCCUUCAGAUGAUGGAAUGUACCCAGAAGGGUCCCACUCCUUUUGCCUAGACAGUUCUACUCCCAUGGAGGUUGUGACAGAGGCAGACAGCAGGUCCUUCCACACAGAGCAGGGACAGGAGGAUCAUGAACUGGUUAAUGGGAUGCCUGCGGACCUCUUUAUGGAAACCUCAGUUAAUAGUAUUCUUUUAGGUUCUGCUGGUGUGGUGCUCCAAAGCUCUCGGGUGGAUGUCCCACCUCCCCUCAGCCCCCUUCUGCCACCCAUGACAAGUAAUGGACACAUCCCUAGGACUUUUUCCAGCUUCAGCUCUACAGACAGCCAGGUAGCUGAGAGGGUAAGACACCACCUCAACUUUGACCCAAAUUCAGCUCCUGGGGUCAGUCGAGUGUACGAUUCAGUCCAGAGCAGCGGACCGAUGGUCGUGACCAGUCUGACCGAGGAGCUUAAGAAGCUUGCAAGGCAGGGCUGGUACUGGGGUCCAAUCACACGUUGGGAGGCGGAGGAGAAGCUGAUCAACUUGGCUGAUGGUUCGUUCCUGGUCAGAGACAGCUCAGAUGACAGAUACCUGCUCAGCCUUAGCUUCCGAUCGCAGAGCAAAACCCUUCACACACGCAUCGAACACUCCAACGGACGCUUCAGCUUUUAUGAGCAGCCUGAUGUCGAGGGUCACACGUCAAUCGUUGAUUUAAUUGAACACUCCAUCAGAGACUCAGAAAACGGAGCCUUUUGUUACUCCAGGUCUCGCCUUCCAGGGUCUGCAACCUACCCAGUCAGACUAACCAACCCAGUAUCUCGGUUUAUGCAAGUGCGGUCCCUCCAGUAUCUUUGCCGCUUUGUCAUUAGGCAAUACACAAGGAUAGACCUCAUCCAGAAACUGCCCUUACCCAACAAGAUGAAAGAUUACCUACAGGAGAAGCACUACUGAGGACAGGGCAGUGGUAGCAGUUUGCACUUUUGUGUUCAGUUAAGAUUUUUACACAAGGUUUACAGACAACCACAGUUUGAGACGACUGGUUCUGGUAGCUCCUGAUUUAUGUUUAAGUGACCCUGUCUUGUCCAUUCCACUCUUCUGUGAGGUUUUAUUUUUCUGGUGUUCAGAAGGUUCUGCAUUUGGUAAUACUUAAUCUAUUGCAAAAAUGUGGAUGAGGUGAAAAGCAAAGUAAGCUUAGUUGGAAACAAUGAAGAUCAGACAUUUGACAGUUGUGAUGGAUGUAUGCUGUCUGGCUGUGAACAAGGAGCAGAAGUUUCUUAAUUAUCUGCAGUAAAGUAGAGCAAGUUGGGAAAAAUAAGGUUCCUCUUUCAAUUGAAAAUGUGCUGCAUUAUCAACUGGAUUGUACAUUACAGAAAUGAAUGUUUGCUACAAUUGGUUUUUCAUCUCUACAGGCUGACUACUUUUGCACAUCUUUUGCCUAUCAGUUUUCUAGAUGUUGAAAUGUCUUUACCUCUUUAGUCUUGAUCAAAUUGCAACUUAAGAUUUUGGAUAGUGAAACUUUGCAUUUAAAAUAAUGAUGUUAAAGUUUGAUAUAUAAACAUAGAUAAUAAAUGACAUUAUUAUGUGUCAGAAAUUCUUAAGCUAACUAAAGUACUAAGCCAAGGGCAAACUGUAAAGCUGAACAGCAAAAGAUGUCCAGAUUUUGUCAGCCACUAGGAUGCUUUCAAUAGCUGGGGCUGAGAAUUAGCUUUAAAGUUAUAAGGCUGCAUUUUGUCAUUAUGCAUUUUUCAAGCCUAAUGGUACUUCUAAUGCUGGAUGCAGGUGCUUUUUUUCUAGAAAAGGCAUCAACUAAAUGUAUGGACUAAAAAAAUUAUUAUAAUGACAAUUCUGCAUUUGAAAUCUUGCAAAAUUUCCACUGCAGGUUUAAGUUUUUCACUAAUGCUUGUGUUGUCUGCAUGUAGUAAAGCCUUUAAGAUUGUCAGACUACAUGGUAUAAGGUGUUGAACAGGGAUAAAACAAUUUGGUAUCAGAGGUUGGUUAUUCAAUGCACAAUUGCAUUUACCUUGGGGAGUCUGAAAGCCUUGCCCUCAUACAUUCUGCAACUAAAAGACAUCUCAUGUGAAAUCUUGUCCAAGUUACCUUUAGAGAUGCACCGAGAAUAAUCAAUUUCCAAUUGGUGGUUUUUCGAAAGCUUUUGUCUGCUGAUGGAGAUUAUUUAUCUUUUAAGUACAAAAAUAAAGGAAAAUGUAAGAACAGCUUUCAAACACUUCCCUCCGGCCCCCUAGCUUUCCUGCUAUGAGGGGUAAUAAGUAAUUUUUUUUUAGUAAAAGGAGUGAUACCACAUUGUGAUUGUGAAAGAGAAUCAUCUUUGUACAACAGGGCUUUACUAAUAAUUUUAAAAUGCAUUAUUGUGUCGAAGUUUAAAUUGCCUUUAGCAUGUUAGUAGAAAUGAGCACAGGUAGCAUAACGGUCUGUAUCUAGACAAUGUAGGAUCUUUGGAAUUCUGAAAGGCUUCAAUCAUUUAUAGAUUCAACAUGUUCCAUGGCAGACAGAAGCAAAAAACAAAAAAAACAAAAGUUAAAGCAGUUUUGCUGUAUUCUAUUCAGCCAUCCUGUUGCUUUCUCUGGUUUUCAGUGAACCGCUGACAUGGUUUGACAUGUUUUAAAACCGUUUCCUGUUAAACAACCAAUAACAUCUCUGUGCUUCCUGUUGCUUCUGUUUUUAACACUUUUUUCCAUCAGCAAUGACUUCCACACCGAUGUGCUUAACACCAUCUGGUUAAGCUUGGUUAUAUUUUAGCUGAUCAGAAAAAAAACAAAAAAAAAACAUAUAUAUAUAUUUGCGUUUCUGGCAAUUUAGUUACCAGUACCAGAAUAUCGAGGGAUUUACUGACUUCUCGGUGCAUCUCUAAUCUAGUUGUAGUACUAGUGGUAACAUAAAGCUGGAAAGAAGAUACGGACGUAGGAAAGAUGCAGGCUUUUGGGAAAUACAGAUUUGGGAAACAUUGGUUAAGGAGUCUUCUCCACCUUGGAAGGGAUGUCAGGGUCUUGGCAUGUGAUAAAAGUUAAACCAAACCUGCAUGCCAUCAUUGGUGUUCUUAAGAUUUUGAAGAGUUUUAUUUUUAAAUUUUAUUUUAUUUUAUUUUUUGCAGUUUUUCAUAUUGUCUUGAGUCUGUCCUUGCAGAGCUGCACUACCACAAGUUAUAAUGAGCUGAUGGCGUCAGAGUAAAGGGAAGAGCACACAGUAUGCUACGCAAGUGCUUUAUUUGGAUAAUUGACAGGGAAUUGUCUCCUCACAAUAUGAGUGGUCAUCAUUUUUUUGACAUCAGUGUCCUUAAAAGUAUUGCAAAAUGUCUUUGGCAACUUUGGUAGGUCUUUAGGGUAUAGUUUUAGUUGUAGUUAGCUGGAGACUUUGUCUGAGGAAGCACAGUGGAAACUAGAUAGGAUCUUUGAACGGUGUUUGCAUGUUUAAACACUUAGUUUUAAAGCUUUGAGUUGUAUAGGAAUGAAGGAUUUAAGAUGUGUUUUGGCUGUAUAGAGAUGUUUUUUGUUGUCGUUUGUGACAUUUGCCAUCUGGGGGAUGGGGCCGUACAAAAGGAAUGUACGCUUGUUUGAGGUAUCCUGUUAUCUGCCUGCAGACCCAUUUCUGAAAGCAUGGGGAACAUAAGGACUACAAUGACACAUAAUUUGCACUUGAACAUUCAUUGAACCUCUCUUUGCCUCAAGUUUUCCCUCAGAUGGUGAUUUAUAAAGAAAAGUCACAGAUUUGUCAUGAUGUAUUCAUAUAACUGUAAGAGUAAAAUUGUUUUUUUUUUGUUGUUGUUUUGUGGGGGGGGUCAUAUCUGUGUGAUUUAAGGGGGUCACAUGCCAGCAUAAUUUCAAAGCUGUUCCUAAUUGGCUGUUAAGAUAUGGGAUCAUAGCGAGAAUGUGGAUGUACAUUUUUUUUUUACCCUUUUGUGUAUGAGGAUGUUUUUCAGUCAAAAUGUGAAGACAAAAUGUUAGUCUCUUUUUCUUAUAGAGUUUUUAAUCCAUCUUAAUUAUAAUUCCAUUUUAAUUUUGAAAUAAUCAUUUGAUUUCGACACGCAAAUCCUUUUCAGACAGUAUGCUUGUGCAUUAAAGCCUUCAUUGUUCGAUUCCAGAGAUUUGACGAUUGUUCAGACUGCUGAUUUGAAUGAGUAACAGCUGUUAAGCACUUAACAUACUCCAGUUUCUUUCUUUUUCUCCUUUUUCCUUUGUGCAUCUCAGUCAUUGAAGGUAAUUGUUUACGACAUCAUGUUUGGACAAAACCUUCCCUUUUCUUUUCCUCACAUUAUCAUGUUGGUACAAUUUUGAAAAUUCCUUUAAUGUGUUCUACACAUUCGUGCUGCUUUUGGAUAUUAUUGCCUUUCUUGUAUUUAACAAUGGUGGAACUAGAAUGUUGCCACUCUAGAUGUAUGUACACAUAAUGACUCGGUUGUCAUCUUGGGAGAGCAAAGCAAAACUUGCAAUUUGUUAAUGACUGUAGUCGGUUAAAAGAGAAUUAGUAUUAAUUAGUAGAGCCUCUGUAGAAUUGCCAGUUCACUCCAGUUUACAUUGGUUGUCAACUUUUCAAAGUAGAUAGUCUUUUUGUAUUUUCUUUUGGAGAAAAAAAAAUCAAUGAUUUAUUGCACAUUUUGGAUACAGUUAAAGAGUUUUUUGUAUCUGCCGAUUAUAAAUUAUAAAUAAAACUAUAUUCUAAAAAAAGGA